GGCGGGCCGGGCCGGCGGGGCCGCGCCGAGGCCGCAGGGCGCGGAGGCACCGCCCGCGCCCAGCGGCUCGUGGGAGCGCUCGGAGCGCGACGGCGUGCCUCGCAUCCGGUGGCCUCCCAGCCCCGUGGCGAGCGCGGCGUCGGACUCGAGCGCGGACGACAUACCGACCGACGACCUGUGCGGCACCAGCGUGGCCGACUCGGGCUUUGGCAGCGGGGCCGCACCGGUCCUGGGCUGCUCCCUGGGCCUCGGUGCUGCACUCCACCGGGAUGCCACAGCUGGCUUCCGUGUCACGUCGCGCUAUCUUGCCACGGGAGGACGCUUCCCCUGAAGGGGAGGGUAUCUUGCCAGGGCUGGUUGGUGCGUCGCGACGUCGACUGCGGCCAGCACGGUGGUGGAUUUCUGCUUCAUGGCGCUCAGGGCGAAGUGAGGUCAGAGUGGGCACCACUCGUGGGACAGCCUCCGCAGCUCGCGUUUUCCCUUGGGCUACAAGCCUUCUUUUCUUCUCCUCGUCUAUCCUGCGGCAGGAACCAGCCGUACCACAUCCGCUCGCUUCUUUCUUUCCUCCUUCUCAGUCUGCCCUUCUUUUUCGACCGGGGCCGAUACCCAUACGGAAAGGGUGCGCCGUA